UUUCCAGGUUGUUAUAGGUUCUUUAGCAGAAUUAGCUCUACCUAAUGGAUAUAUAAAGCAACAAACAUGGCUAAAAGCUUGCAAAGUGUCAAAAGCGAGUCGGAAUAUAUCAGCAAACUUUUCCCUAAAUCACACUCCAGAUUGAGAGUCGUCAACUACACAGCUGAUGAAAUAUGUUUUCAUUUUGUUGGCAAGAGCGAUGAAAAGUUCGUUCUGAAUUGUAACAUUUCGGAAAUAUCCGAACCGGUACAGCCUAUGUGGUACUCUGAGUCCGAUAACCAAUUUGUCACAGAAACUCUCGAAUCGUUGUCAGAAAUGACGCUAAAACCGAGAAAUAUGAUCCAACAAGGAGUGGAAUAUAUUUUAAAAGAAUUAUGCAAAAAAUUUGGAGUAAAAAUCCCUGGGGAGGUGGAAAAAUUAACUUUCGAUAUAGACAUAACCGACAUGGAUAUUAAUAAUAAUACAGACGAAGAUAGUUCAGAUGAAGAAUUAGAAGACAUGGACGCUCUCGGAUUAGAUGUUCACGUCGUAAGUGAAGCGGAACGAAAAAAGAUGGAAGACAGCGGAAUCGCUGACAGUGAUUUGGUUAAGCUGGAAAAAAUCAAAUCGAAUCAACAGAAAGCGUAUAUUACUGGUAGUGUGACAGGGUCAGUGCAAGCUUCCGAUAGAAUUCUAAAAGACUUACGCGCAAUAUAUAAAUCGGAUAGCUUCAAAAAUAAACAUUAUACUGUCGAACUAAUUGAUGACAGUUUAUAUGAAUGGAAUGUCCAUAUUUUACAAAUAGAUCGUGACAGCACUUUGUACAGCGACCUAAAAAAACUUAAAGACAAGGGCAGUGAUGGUUCUAUAGUAUUACAAGUCACUUUUAAAGAUAAUUAUCCGUUUGAUCCACCGUUUGUACGUGUAGUGAAACCUGUUUUGCAUGGUGGCUACGUUUUUGGGGGAGGUGCAAUUUGCAUGGAGCUCUUAACCAAACAAGGGUGGAGUAGCGCUUAUUCUGUCGAAUCACUAAUUAUGCAAAUUAUCGCGACGCUCUCGAAAGGACGAACGAGAAUCAAUUUUGGAGCUCGACCAGAUGCAUUCAGUUACGCAAGAGCGGUUCUUUCAUUUCAAAAACUUGUGCAAAUUCAUGAACAGAAUGGUUGGUCAACGCCACCAAAAGCAGAUGGGUAAUAUAGAGGAAUUUUUCGUGUGAUUUUUUUACAGUUGCCAUGGUAAUUAAAAGAAAUAUAAUUUUUUAUAUAAAUAUUCAACACAGAAUGGCCGCUGGA